CCCCCCUCCCCCGGCGGCGUCUCCUCCUCUCCCUCCCUCCACCAUGGCGCUGAAGAUGGUCAAAGGCAGCAUCGACCGCAUGUUUGACAAGAACCUGCAGGACCUGGUGCGGGGCAUCCGCAACCACAAGGAAGAUGAGGCAAAGUACAUCUCUCAGUGCAUCGAUGAAAUCAAGCAAGAGCUGAAGCAGGAUAACAUUGCAGUGAAAGCAAAUGCGGUCUGCAAGCUCACCUAUUUGCAGAUGUUGGGCUAUGACAUCAGCUGGGCAGCAUUCAACAUCAUUGAAGUCAUGAGUGCAUCAAAGUUCACCUUCAAAAGAAUUGGGUAUUUGGCCGCUUCUCAGUGCUUUCACGAAGGGACAGAUGUCAUCAUGCUGACAACUAACCAGAUCCGAAAGGACUUGAGUAGCCCCAACCAGUAUGAUACUGGAGUCGCGCUGACUGGUCUGUCCUGUUUUGUGACUCCCGAUCUUGCCAGAGACUUGGCGAAUGACAUCAUGACACUGAUGUCUCACACAAAGCCUUACAUCAGGAAGAAAGCAGUGUUGAUCAUGUACAAAGUAUUCUUGAAGUACCCCGAAUCCCUUCGACCUGCGUUUCCCCGCCUUAAGGAGAAGCUGGAAGACCCAGAUCCUGGUGUCCAAUCAGCCGCUGUGAAUGUUAUAUGCGAGCUCGCCAGGCGCAACCCCAAAAACUACCUUUCCCUCGCUCCUCUCUUUUUUAAGCUGAUGACGUCAUCCACCAACAACUGGGUCCUCAUUAAAAUAAUAAAAUUGUUUGGUGCUCUCACUCCCUUGGAACCCAGGCUGGGGAAGAAGCUAAUUGAGCCCCUGACCAAUCUCAUACACAGCACUUCAGCGAUGUCCCUUCUCUAUGAGUGUGUGAACACAGUGAUAGCAGUUUUGAUCUCUCUGUCAUCUGGGAUGCCCAAUCACAGUGCCAGUAUCCAGCUUUGCGUUCAGAAAUUGAGGAUACUGAUCGAAGAUUCAGACCAGAACUUGAAGUAUUUAGGACUGCUGGCCAUGUCCAAAAUCCUGAAAACGCAUCCUAAAUCGGUACAGUCUCACAAGGAUCUCAUCCUCCAGUGCUUGGACGACAAGGACGAGUCCAUCCGCCUCCGAGCUUUGGACCUCCUCUAUGGAAUGGUAUCCAAGAAGAACUUGAUGGAAAUCGUGAAGAAGCUGAUGAUCCACGUGGACAAAGCCGAAGGGACGACCUACAGGGAUGAGCUGCUGACCAAAAUCAUUGACAUAUGCAGCCAGUCCAACUACCAGUACAUCACAAACUUUGAAUGGUACAUCAGCAUUCUGGUGGAGCUGACCCGGCUGGAGGGCACCCGGCAUGGCCAUCUCAUUGCCUCCCAGAUGCUGGACGUGGCGAUCCGAGUCAAGGCCAUCCGCAAGUUUGCCGUAUCACAGAUGGCCAUGCUCCUGGACAACGCCCACCUGCUGGCCAGCAACACCCAGCGGAAUGGGAUCUGCGAGGUGCUGUACGCCGCUGCCUGGAUAUGCGGGGAGUUCUCGGAGCACCUCGAGGAACCGCACCAGACCCUCGAGGCCAUGCUGCGGCCGAAAGUGACGACGCUUCCUGGCCACAUCCAAGCGGUUUACGUGCAAAACAUGGUGAAGCUCUACGCCUCCCUCUUGCAGCAGAAGGAGCAGGCCGGGGAGAAGGAGGUGGCCCAGGAGGCGACCCAGAUGAUGAUCGAGCGCCUGCCUCAGUUUGUGCAGAGCGCGGAUCUCGAAGUCCAAGAGCGGGCUUCCUGCAUCCUUCAGCUCAUGAAGUACAUCCACAAGCUUCAGAUCAAAGAGGUGCCUGUGGCCGAAGAGGUCAUCGCCUUGUUCGCCGGGGAGCUCAACCCGGUGGCCCCCAAAGCCCAGAAGAAAGUUCCAGUUCCAGAAGGGUUGGACCUCGACGCCUGGAUCAAUGAGGCUCCUUCAGACAGCGAGUCUGAGGACGAGAAACCCCGGACCAUCUUCCAUGACGAAGAGCAGAGGCACUCCAGGCACCGGCAGCCCGAAAUGGACGAGGAGGAGCUGGCCAGACGUCGAGAGGUCCGGAAACAGGAGCAAGCAAACAACCCUUUUUACAUUAAAAGUUCUCCUUCCCCACAAAAGCGGUACCAAGACAGCCCCGGUGUCGAACAUAUACCUGUGGUUCAGAUUGACCUCUCUGUCCCCUUAAAAGUUCCUGGUAUGCCCGUCUCCGACCAGUACGUGAAGCUGGAAGAGGAGCGCCGGCACCAGCAGAAGCUGGAGAAGGACAAGAAGAAGAAGAAGAAGCAGAAGAAGGAGAACCGGGGCAAGAACCGGCGCCACCACUCGCUGCACACGGAGAGCGACGAGGACAUUGCGCCCGCCCAGCACGUGGACAUCAUCACAGAGGAGAUGCCAGAGAACGCUCUGCCCAGCGACGAAGAUGACAAAGACCCCAAUGACCCCUACAAAGCAUUGGACAUCGACCUGGACAAGCCUUUAGCAGACAGUGAGAAGCUUCCCGUGCAGAAGCAUCGAAAUGCUGACGGCCUCAAGUCCCCUCAAGAAACAGAAGCUCCCCCCAUCGAGAAGAAGAUCAAGAAGCCGAAAAAGAAGGAAAAGAAACACAAAGAGAAAGAGAGGGAGAAAGAGAAGAGGCAAGAACGAGAGAGAAAAAUAGAGGAGGAAGAUAAAAAGGCUCAAGAAAUGGACUUCUGGCUUUCUGAGGCCCCCCCACCCGCGGCAGCUACAGAGGCCAAGGAUCCGCCUGAGGUGGACCCAGACACAGCAGAACAUGGAGAACCAGAGGAAGCCAAGAAGGAAGGGCAAGAGGAGGGGUUGGAGGAGGAAGAUGAAGGAAAGAAAUCCUCCAAGCAUAAGAAGAAGAAGCAUAAGAAAGAGGAAAAAUCCAAGGAGAAGAAGUCCAAAAAGCACCAUGGCAGCGGAGAGGAGCCACCGCCGGGAUCCGUGCAGAACGGGACCCUGGAGGACGAGCCGCUGCCGCCUAUGUCAAGCUACUGCCUUCUGGCUGAAAACGCGUAUAUUAACAUGACGUACGACAUUCAGGGGAAUCUCCAGAACGACAGCCAGGUCACCGUCUCCGUGAUCUUCGAAAACAAGAGCAGCAGCUUCCUGAAAAGCAUGGAGCUGAACGUCUUGGACUCGCUCAACGCGAAAAUGCUCCGGCCGGACGGCUGCUCCAUUCAUGACGGAAUACCUGUCCCUUUCCAGCUGCCUCCUGGAGUCUCGAACGAGGCCCAGUUUGUCUUCACCCUUCAGAGUAUCGUCAUGGCGCAGAAACUAAAAGGAACCCUGUCGUUUAUAGUCAAAGACGAGGAAGGCUCCACACACGAAAAGCUAGAUUUCAAGCUGCACUUCAGUUGUGCCUCUUACCUAAUCACGACACCCUGUUACAGUGAUGCUUUCUCCAAGCUGCUGGAGUCGGGGGACUUGCACGCCAGCUCGUUUAAAGUCGACGGCAUCAGCAUCCCUUUCCACCACCUCCUGGCAAAAAUUUGUUUCCACCAUCACUUCUCAGUCGUUGAACGCGUGGGGGACUGUGCGUCCAUGUACAGCCGUUCUAUCCAGGGCGAUCAUGUCUGCCUGCUAGUGAAAAAGGGAGAGAAUUCAGUGUCCGUCGAUGGGAAAUGUAACGAUUCAACCUUGCUGAGCAACCUACUGUCUGAACUCAAGGAGACCCUCUCGAAGUGCUGAGUGCUUCUAGGAACUGGUGCUGCCCCCUCCUCCUUCCCCCACCCUUCACGGGAGAAGUACUGUGAGGCUCUCAGACUGAACCCAGCCGAGCAUUAGAUUUCUUUCUUCCUCCGAGCGCAUGUACGAUCGCCCAGGGCACACGUCUUUCGUUUCCACUCCACCCUGGGCUGUGAUGUUUGUGUGUUUUUAUUAUUUUGUUCUGUUUUGUUGCGGUUUACACAUCCUAAAACUGUACUCUUCCCCUUCCCUCGAUCUCGAACUGUUUUGACCACUUUCGGCGGCAACCAUUUCCAAGGCCACAGAGAUCCCUGCCAGUAUUGAUACCUUGGCAGGGUUUGGGGGGGGGGUGUGGUGGUGGUGGGACAGGCACUCAUGAAGUCACGGGAUCCACGUUGGGAGUCUCUUCUCAUCAGCAGUGACAGCACCUGUGAGCAAACCCAGGCCAAGGUCUCCAUCUCCUUUGGUCGCUGGCCAGCCUGAUUUAACCUGUAAUUUCAACCUGGCCACUCCGAGGCAAAGGAUGGGUCAGAAAUUCUCUCCACCAUAACCAGUCAGGUCUUCUUUUCUCGCCCUGCCCCCCACCCGAAGUUGGAAUUCAUAAUUGAUCUAGUGUAUCUUCUGCUGCCUCUCUAAGCAAGAUUGAUCAACCUUCCCUUUCUGGUGGGGUUCUUAGUGAAGUCCACUGAAAUACCACAUUCCUGAAGCUAUAGAAUGUAGCAAAAACGAACUGGAAGUCCAAAGGCUUUGUGUGUGUGAGCGUGUGUGUGUGUCUUGUUUCUGUUCUGUCUUUUUCUUUUGCUCAUCACUUGGCUUACCAUGUUAGGUCGACCAAUCCCAAGGUAGGUAGAGACAAUCUGACUGAAUCCACGACUCCGUUGGCCCUGUUUUCCCCCAAAGAGUCCCUUGUGCCCUGAGCCCUGACGUUUGUAUCGCCCUCUCCUGUUAGUGUGCCUAAGGCCUCUGUACCUGGAAGAGGUCAAGGUGUGUGAAAGCGGCCAGCACGGCCUCGGAUCAAACAGGUGGGCACGAAUCUGGGGACAGCUUCGUGUUUUGAAAAUACUUGGAAGAGGUCAAGAUGUGUGAAAGCGGCAGCACGGCCUCGGAUCAAACAGGUGGGCACGAAUCUGGGGACAGCUUCGUGUUUUGGAAAUACUUGGAAGAGGUCAAGAUGUGUGAAAGCGGCAGCACGGCCUCGGAUCAAACAGGUGGGCACGAAUCUGGGGACAGCUUCGUGUUUUGGAAAUACUUGGAAGAGGUCAAGAUGUGUGAAAGCGGCAGCACGGCCUCGGAUCAAACAGGUGGG